AUGUCGUGCGAGGCGCGGUAUCCCUUCGCGCCGAGCGAGGACGAGUGGUGGCAGAAGGAGUUUGCCGUGCUGCCGGACAAGUACGACGACACGAAGCCGCGGAAGGAGGAUAUCAAGUGGGAGCGCGUCGUCUUUGGCCUAUGGAGGAAGCUCUUUUUUUCUUCUCUCGUUUCCGGCGACUUUGUGAGCCGCUUCCGCUACCUCAAGCUGCCGCAGCAAGGGCCUGGCGUGCCGCUGAAGCUGUUGAACCCUGUGGUCGUGGCGCUGAUUGACGACGGCGUGGAUCUACCUCACCAAGAAUCGGCCGACCACAGCUUCAUUAGCGAGAGCUUCCACGCGUACGACUACGGACGCAGGGUGUGGCCGUGGUGGAAUUCAGCAGCCGGCCACGGGACCUUGAUAGCUCGCCUCAUCCACCGCAUCUGCCCCACGGCUGCCAUAUACGUGAUCAAGCUGGAGACCCGAACAACGGAAGCCGAUAACGAAAUCCUCAUCGACGCUAAGAGCGCCAUAAAGGCAAUAUAUCAUGCCGUAGAGGAGGGUGUCGACAUCAUCUCCAUGUCGUGGAAGUGUGCCCUGAAGCCCGAGGUACAGAAAGAAUGGGAGGGGGCCAUCGACGCGGCAGCGCGGAAAGGCAUCCUGAUGUUCUGCAGCGCGUCGGACCGUGGCCAAUUCGGCGAACGCACGUUCCCGCACGCCUGCAGGCCCAACAUCACGUUCCCCGUGGGCGCGGCGCUGCCAUCGGGAAAGGUGUUUGAUCUCGUGCCCGACGCAAGUAGCCUCGACUUCGCCCUGCCGGGCUACCAGGUCUUCCUCGAGGACGACCCCGUACGGCAGGCCGAAACAUCUGACAAGCUCGAGUCGCAUACGGGCAUUAGCGUAGCCACGGCGCUAGCAGCAGGCCUCGCGGCGCUCGUACUCGAGAUCGUGCGUAUCGGCCUAGCUCACAACCUGAAUAAGGGCCGCACCGACGAUAGCGCCCUCGUGGCCAGUGACCUGGAUGUCGUCAGAAACCGCAACAUCCUGAGCCGCAUCUUCUGCGAGCGCAUCGGCACCAGCAAGGACUCAGGCGCGAACCUCAACAAGUUCAUCGUUGUCGACGACAUCUUCGGCACCUGUGCCAGGAGGCUGGCCGACGACGGGCCCGACAACCAGCUCGACACCAUUGCCAACUUGGCCAAGGACCUGCUUAGCGGGUACCGCUCCCGGCCGUUGCCUAUUCGGUAG